UUUAAAUCUUACCUUCUCCACUACUUACUCCUUCAGACAACAUUUCGGAAGUAUCUCAUCUGGUGCUUCAUCAAAAGCGGUAGGAAAUUUCACAGGAAUAUUCAUAAGCUCCUGUUGAUCUACCAGCAAAACUAUGAAGCUCUUGGUCUUUGGGUUGCUUCUGAUGAGCUCUGAAGCCAUUGCACAGAAUGGGACAGGCGAGCGGAUCAUUGGGGGAUAUGCCUGCCCACAAGACUCCAGACCCUUCCAGGCUGCCCUUGUUACAGGACGCAGAGGCAACUGGAACAUUUAUUGUGGAGGGAGUUUAGUACAUCCAUGCUGGGUCCUCUCAGCAGCCCAUUGCAAACCGAGGAGACAAAUGAAAGUAUGCCUAGGGAAGCACAAUUUGAAGAGGAUUGAAAGGACAGAACAGUGCUUGAAUAUUGCUGAAGUCAAAGUGCACCCAGAAUAUGACCGAAGACAAAACAACAGGGAUUACAUGCUGCUGCGUCUUAACCCUUGUGCCCGAUUGACUAAGGCUGUAAGGACCGUUCAGCUACCAUCUGGCUGCCCCGAUGAUGGGAAGGCAUGCACCGUCUCAGGCUGGGGCACCACCAGAUCUCCUCAAGCCCAGCUUCCAGCACAGCUACAGUGUGCAGCUGUCAAUAUUGUCCCUGAACAGACAUGCAAUAAAGCAUAUCGUGGUGCUAUUACGCCAUUCAUGGUAUGUGCUGGAGUACCACAAGGAGGCACUGACUCUUGUCAGGGUGACUCUGGGGGCCCACUCAUCUGUAAUGGGCAGCUUGAAGGUGUGGUUUCUUGGGGCACAUAUGUCUGUGCACAGAAAGGGAAUCCAGGCGUAUAUGCCAAAGUCUGCUGCAUUGUGCCCUGGAUCCAGAAGACGGUCAACGGGACGUGGUGA